AUUCCCAACAGAAUCAACACGGUUAGUUGUUUUAUAGAUGAGUUUUGAUUUUGAUAUGUGUGAAAUGGUCAACUUCAUAAUAUUCCCUUUUGUUACUUGUUUACCCUUUCUUCUGAGAUUUCCUUAUCCUGAAAUUCCAAAUGUGACUUUGGAUUUCUUAGAAACAUACCUCUCAAAGAAAGUUCAACUAGUUGACUUUCAACAUCCCAUUGUCUAGCCAGAGACAAGUCUUAAAUUUCUCAACCUUGCAAAAACAGAUAGAAAUCUCCUCAAUUUGCCAUAAUGGGACUCCUUCCAUUUGGCUUCUGUAUUCUCUUCUUGUUCUUCUUCUGUAGUGUUCAGGCUCAGCAAGCUUACAUUGGGCAGGGGACAAACAACUGUUCGGUCACAACAAAUUCAGCUCUGGGAUACUCCUGCAAUGGCGUCAACAGAACCUGUCAAAGCUACCUCACCUUCAGAGCUCAACCUCCAUUCACAACUGUUGCUUCAAUCUCCACCCUCCUGGGUUCUAACCCGUCUCAGCUGGCAGCAAUCAACUCUGUCCCUCAAACAGCAACCUUCAGCACAAACCAGCUGGUUAUUGUUCCUGUUACUUGCUCGUGUUCAGGUCAGUACUACCAGUCAAACACAUCAUACGUUGUUCAACCUGGAGAAAGCUUUUUCCUCAUAGCUAAUGAUACUCUGCAAGGACUCUCUACUUGCCAAGCUAUUAGAAAUGGGAAUAGUAGAACAACGGUCAAUAUAUUUCCCGGUCAACGACUUAAUGUUCCUCUUAGAUGUGCUUGCCCUACGAGGAACCAAACUGGCCAAGGGAUCAAUUAUAUAUUGAGUUAUUCAGUCACUUGGGGGGAUAUGGUUUCAACGGCGAGUUCUAGAUUUGAUGGUGAUACUAACUGGACUCUCCAGGCUAACGGACUUACUCAGCAGAGUGCCACAAUCUUCCCAUUCACUACCCUCCUGAUCCCACUGCAAAACCCGCCGUCCAGUAUCCAAACUGUGUCUCCGCCACCACCUCCAGCUUCCCCUCCUCCACCAGUCCAGCCUUCUACACCUGGCUCCAGCUCCAGCAAGACGUGGGUCCAUAUCAUUGCUGGUGUUGUUGGAGGAAUCGUUGCUACUUUGGCUAUUGUUGGAAUUGUGGUUUACUGUCUGCGGUUCCGGAGAAGGAAGGUGAAGUUGGAGCCGACUGGCACUUCUUCCGAGAGCUUUGAGGCUGCGGAGAAGAAGUCUACGAAGAAUAAGGGAGAAGAAGAGCCUGAUGGUUUCUUCUUGGAGAGGUUAUCUAGUAUUGCCCACUCCAUUCAAGUUUACACAUUUGAGGAGGUGGUGGCUGCGACUGAUAAUUUCAGCCCCAAAUGUUUGAUCAAAGGGUCUGUUUAUCGAGGCAAGAUUAAUGGUGAUCUUGCUGCUAUCAAGAAAAUGGAUGGUGAUGUGACGAAGGAGAUUAAUUUACUGAACAAGAUCAACCAUUCCAACCUCAUUCGUCUCUCUGGUGUCUGUUUUAAUGAUGGCAAUUGGUAUCUGGUUUAUGAGUUUGCUGCAAAUGGAGCUUUGAGCGAUUGGAUCUAUUCAUCCAGCAACGGUGGAAAGGCAUUGACUUGGCCUCAAAGAAUCCAGAUUGCUGUGGAUGUAGCUUUGGGACUCGACUAUUUACACAGUUUCACGAAUCCUCCACAGGUUCACAAGGAUAUAAAAGCCGGGAAUGUGCUUCUCGAUGGUGACUUCAGGGGCAAGAUAUCAAACUUGACACAUGCAAGAUCGGCCGAAGGACAGGAUGGGGACUUCAACCUUACAAAGCACAUUUUUGGGACGAAAGGUUACAUGGCUCCCGAGUAUUUGGAGAACGGUCUGGUUUCUACAAAGAUUGAUGUUUUUGCAUUUGGAGUUCUUCUUCUGGAGAUGAUAACUGGGAAAGAAGUUGCUUCCUUGUAUAAGGAGGGAGUUGAUGGUUUGUCUGGUGUUGUGAAUGAAGUUCUUCUUUCUCAAGAUGGUGGAGAUAAUAUCAUGGGAUUUCUUGACACAUCAAUGGAAGGGAACUUUCCAUUAGAGUUUGCUGGCUUUGUGGUGAGGCUAGUUGAAGGCUGUCUUAAAAAGAACCCUGGGGAGCGUCCAGCUAUGAACGAGCUUGUGCAAUCUCUUUCAAGAAUCUUGACAGCUUCACUGUCAUGGGAGUUAUCGAACAACAUCUCAGAGUACAGGAAUCUCAGAGAUGAAACUUGACAAGUCGGCAUUUUUGUUGUAUUGUGAUGUUAUUUUCCUGUCUUCUGAUCUUUGUCCUUUGCAUUUGGCGUAUACAUAAAAACGUUGGUUCAUUUCCCCCUUUUCAUAGUAAAUAUCUGUUUAUGAGGCUAUUCAGUAGCUGCUGAAUUACUGCACUGACGAUUUCCUGAUAUGCUUGCUGCCAGGCGUUGUUGGCUCUUUUUCGUCAACAUUUGUAAUCUUAUUAUGAUCUAGUUAAAGAAUGUGCCUUGUUGGGCAGAGUUGUUGUGACCUGAAAUGAGGAGCUCUUUUCAUCUUAGAAACAGUCUGCUGCAAAGAAUUAUUAACUGUUGUAAAAUGUGGUUUAACAAAUGGAUUUCAUCUUGAGAACUUUACUUCCUUUUCUUUCUGCAGAAGAAUGACAUGUUGCUGAGUUGGGGCGUUCUAAUUUUCUGUCAACUGUUCAUCUCUCAGCUACAUCAUUUGAUUAUUUUUCUGUUGAAAUGGUCAGCUGGGGUUGUUCAUAUUCCAUUCCGAAGUCGUUUUCAGUGAUUCAUGAGAUAGUUGUGAGAGCGACUCCAUACCUAAAACUCUGAAGUCAUCCUGUAAAGGCUACCAAUUCAAGGAGUCAGGGUCAGCACUCAGCUGGAGAAUGGCUAUUAUUGUUGUUAAUUUUUACUGCUAAUAUUAUAGGGGAGCAAGACUUUUGAGCAGCAAAUGUUUGUUCUUCUUCUUUUCAACAGCUUGAGAAGCUAACCCUCCGAUCAAGAAAACAAUUUUACCAAGUCUAUUACCCACAAAACAAGGUUUGAAGCAGCAAAUAGUAUAAGCUCUCUUCCUGGAAAUUUUCUCAUUCUUCCCUACCUCCCAACUUUGGCAGGUAAACAUUUACAUCUUUGAUUCUCUGCAGCCAUGGAGUUAUCUUCUUCUAAUAGCAUCUCAGAGAUAUAAACUUCAGAAACGGCUCUGGACGAGUCAGCAUUCCUGUCAUGAUAUGGCUUCCUGUUUGUCCUUCUCAUUUGCCGUCAUUUUCUUAAGAAAUACAUUGUCCCCCU